AUGCAAUUUGGGGCUGAGGUGUGUACUCAGUUUAUUAACGGAUGCUGCGCUUACGGCUCGCGUUGCAAGUAUUUUCAUCCUGAAAAAACAUGUUCUCUUGUAAACCUAACUGCAAUGAAACAAAAACACUGUGAUAUCAAGGAUUCCCAUCCUCCUAGUUUUUCAAUUGUAAGCUCAACCGCUCCUCGUCAUCACCCUCCACAAUGUCGCUUGAGGCCAGCAUAUUUUACUUUGAAACAUCACUGUCGUAGUAAUUGUGUAAGCGAGAAUAAACUUCCUAUCCUCAAUAACAAUAUAACAAAGGAAUCGACUGCGUUCACGCCAGUAAUUUUUUCAUUAUGGGUGUCAUGCUUAACUGCUACGGUUUGCAGUAUAACGUUUCUUUCUGUUUACAUAUUGGAAAGGGAAUAA